UUUAAGGAUGCGAAAGCGACGUCGCGCUUCGGCGCUGGAGACGUCGAAAAUAAAACGCGACGCGAUGCAAAUUGCGUGCAACUGUGCUGAAAUUGUGCCAAGUUGAACGCCGAGAGCUUAACGCGAGACGCGUGGGAUCUCUGGUCUAUUGAUAUCCGAAAGAUGCGUUGCCUCGCCCGAAGCAUUUUUGGGAAAACGCGCAUUUUGCGCAACACCCCGCUCUCACACUGACGUGUAUCUUUGGAUCAAAACGGUGAUAAUUCGUUGUUUACUGCGGCUUGUUUACCACCGAAGUCGUUUAGAGAAGCAUCAGGUAAUCCAAUUGUAAACUUUAUCGACGAGAGAUACGGAGAGCCUAUCGAAUAGGCAGUAUACGAUAACGCACCGGGGAGAGGAGGGAAAACGUGGAUUGUUAUGCACAAUCGGAACUCUCAUACAAACGCGUUCACACAUAUUUAUAGAAUGGGCACAUCCACAAGUCGUUCGUAUAUAUAGGACAUAUAUAUUGGAGCGUGCUGCAAUAAAAUAACACUCCAGCGCGUGGCACGUGGCAGACAAAAGAAUGCUGCGCAACCUGCUGUGGUCCCUUUGUGCUCUCCUGUCGCUGGCCACUCUGGUCCCGGCGCUGGAGAAUGGCCUGGCCAGAACACCACCGAUGGGAUGGCUGGCUUGGGAGAGAUUCAGGUGCAACACCGACUGCAAGAAUGAUCCGGACAAUUGUAUAAGUGAUCGUCUCUUCCGGACCAUGACAGACAUAGUGGUGGCAGAAGGGUAUGCUGCAGUGGGGUACGAUUACAUUAAUGUGGAUGACUGUUGGCUGGAGAAGGAAAGGGAUACAAAUGGGCAGCUAGUACCGGAUAGAGAGCGAUUCCCAUAUGGCAUGAAAAGCCUGUCAGAUUAUGUGCACUCAAAGGGUCUCAAGUUUGGUAUCUACGAGGACUACGGUAAUUACACCUGCGCCGGAUACCCAGGUAUAUUGGGCUACUUGGAUAUAGACGCUGCCACAUUCGCUUCCUGGGAUGUGGAUUACGUGAAGUUAGAUGGAUGUUAUUCACAUCCCAUUGACAUGGACAGAGGCUAUCCCGAGUUUGGAUUCCACCUGAAUCAGACUGGAAAGCCCAUGAUAUACUCUUGCAGCUGGCCUGUCUACCAGAUCUAUGCGGGUAUGAAGCCGAAUUACACCGCGAUUGCGGAGAACUGCAAUCUCUGGCGCAACUUCGACGACAUCCAGGAUUCCUGGGCCAGCGUAGAGAGCAUCAUCGAUUAUUACGGUAACAAUCAGGACGCAAUUGUGCCCAACGCCGGUCCCGGGCACUGGAACGAUCCGGACAUGUUGAUCAUCGGCAACUUCGGUCUGAGUUACGAGCAGAGCAAGACGCAAAUGGCGAUCUGGGCUAUACUAGCGGCGCCGUUGCUCAUGUCCGUCGAUCUCAGGACGAUUAGGCCAGAGUACAAAGCUAUCCUGCAGAACAAAAAGAUUAUUGCUGUGGAUCAAGAUCCGCUGGGCAUUCAAGGUCGACGGAUAUACAAACACAAGGGCAUUGAAAUUUGGGCAAGGCCCAUCACUCCGGUUUACCAAAACUACUACUCGUACGCGAUCGCAUUCGUCAACAGACGAACGGACGGCACGCCGUCGGACGUGUCGGUCACGCUGAAGGAACUGGGUCUACAGUACCCCGGAGGAUACCGAGUGGAGGAUUUGUACGAGGACGUGGAUUAUGGAGUGCUGACGCCACAGACCAAGAUCAAGGUCAAAGUGAACCCGUCGGGCGUAGUGAUACUGCGAUGUAAUCUGAAUAUAGACGACGUGUUUCGCUACUCGCCGUAUUCAUCGUUGAAUCAGGUCUUUAAAGUUAGGCAAAAUUCAUUUAAUUGAUCGUACGUCUAACGUAUUACUUUAAUUUCUAUCGGCGUUUUAUAUGCGCGCUUGCGCGCGUGUUACGUUCUAUAUUAACAUAAUAUAUAAUAUAAGAAAAAAUAGGAAAUAAAGAAUUUUAUAAACUUUA